AUGUCAAAUUCCUCACAGCUUUACCUCCUAGCAGAUCAUAUCAAGUUAUCCCUCCUCGAAAGACAACGUGCGAUCUCCCUGAACCUCGAGCCUAACUCUCAAGAUGGCCACAUAUCGAGAUCUUUGGAUCAGAUGCGAGAGGGGAUUGAAGCCAUAGAAAGAGAGCAGCAAGCCGCACAGGACAGUUCAAACGGGUAUCUACGUCUCCAUCGAUCUAAAGCCGCUGACCUAGGAGAUGCCUCAAAACGAUUACGAACCCAGUACGACGACCUCACCUCCCAAUUCCAAGGCUUCUCCACCCCAUCGACGUCCAUAAUCAACCAGCCGAAUAUGACCUUACCCUUUCUUCUGACUUCGCGCACGCUAAAGACCCUCGCCCGCAUCUCCCCACCGCAUCCUCCUUCAGACGCACCCCCAAUUCUAGCUCCCCCAACCCAAAUAAAUAACCCAGCGCCCGAAGAUGAUGCCAACCGCGCUGCCCUAUUUCCAUAUCGUGACGACCCUGCUGAGGGUCAAAGAGAGGAUGCUUCACAAAUGGACAACAAGCAGAUCCACCAGUACCAUCAGACGGUGUUGAGGGAGCAGGAUGAUCAGCUAGAUCGAUUAGGAGAAAGCAUCGGGAGGCAAAGAGACCUCAGUAUACAGAUCGGAGAUGAGCUGGACGAUCAGAUACAUAUGCUGGAUGAUGUGGAGGGGCACGUGGAUAGGCAUCAGGGAAGACUGGAUGGGGCGAGAACGCAGCUGGACAAGGUGUAUAGGAAGGGAAGGGAGAAUUGGGGAUGUAUGAUUAUAUCGAUAUUGGUGAUUAUUCUAGUGAUAUUGAUCAUUGUACUGAAGAAUUGA